AUGUUCGCAACUAAGGAGAACCCAAUCGCUCUGCCUACAAGUCCUGUACUGCGAGCCAGCCGAAGACCUCAAUAUCCUAGAUGGAGCGAGCAAGAUAUUACAGACCUGCAGACACCUGGAAACUCAGCCCUCGAUCGUGGCUCAGCACUAGCUUGGUUGGGUCAUCGCAAUGUCUUGAGCGAGUUCCUGAAGACCAGGCACGAUACCGCAUUGAUUGUCGAAGACGAUGUUGAUUGGGAUACUCAGCUUCGCAGUAAGCAGAUACCGCAAACCGCUUAUGCUAUUCGAGAGCUUCUGGGAUCUCACGGCAAUGGGUACUACGGUAGUCUUGAGACAUGGGACAUUAUCUGGCUAGGACAUUGCGGAGACUUCUUCAAUGCUGCUAGAGGGUCUGAUAUUCCUGUCAUCAAGUCCUUCAUCGAUUCUGCGAUGCCAAAGCUAGAAGAGCUCCACCCCUGGACAAGAGACUUCCUCAAAGAAAUUGGGGCGGUCAAAGACCAACAGCGCCUGGUUCACAACUCUGUGCAACCACUCUGUACUUUUGCUUACGCCAUCACACGGCCUGCAGCAGAGAGAGUCCUCAACGAGUUGGCAGCACGUGAGCCAUUGCGAAACCUGGGAAAUCCGUGCAAAGCAUACGACGUCCGGCUACUCGAGAGUUGCAGAGACGAAGGUUUGAAAUGCAUCACCGUCAACCCUGAAUUGUUUCAUCACUCCGAUCUGGGAUCGGAAAUUGCUCAAGUAACGGACAACCUAGGAUCUACUCAACCAAGUUCGGUGCAAAAGGACAUGACUGAGUUGCCAACCACGAACAUCCGCUGCUCAGCAAGAUCUGGUAAGUGGCAAGAGAUUCGCGAUAGCAUCACCGACUCAUCCAUUGAUGCGGAAAGUCUAGUGAAAGAAUUGGCGGAGCUUUCAUCAGAGUGUUACGUAGAUGACUUCUUGCCGCAUGACUUAGCUUGA